UUGAAAGCAUUUGAUCCAAAAAGAUUAGGUUUGAAAGGGAAAUAACCUUUUUAUAAGACCUUUUUUCUUAUGAUGCCUUAUAAUCGCAUACACCAAAUUUAAUAUGCGCUUACAAUGCUACCACAUGAGUGAUAUUUUUACAACUUCGAGGACAGAAUGAUUCAAUGGUUUUGAUAUGAAAAAUUAUUCAAUUUUAGAUUGAUAUACUUCUUAUAACAUUCACAGACGAAGGAGAACACGAUGAUCGAGGUGGAUUAUUCAGUAUAUCUAGUCACUGACUCGACUAUGGUUCCGGAGUCUUCGACUUUCUUAAAGCAAGUUGAAGAUUCGAUAAACAAUGGAGCAACUCUUAUCCAAUUACGUGAAAAAAAGCUUCUGACUCUUGAUUUUAUUGAAAGAGCCAAACAAGUACAUGAAUUAACCAAACAGAAGGGGAUACCUUUGAUAAUUAAUGAUAGGAUUGAUAUAGCUUUGGCCAUUGAUGCUGAGGGAGUUCACGUUGGUCAGGAUGAUAUGCCUGCUAUUUUAGCAAGGAAGUUACUAGGGCCGAAUAAAAUUUUAGGAGUAACAUGUUCUAAUGUCGAAGAAGCAAAGACUGUCGCUGAAGAAGGAAUAGCUGAUUACGUCGGUUUGGGAACGGUAUACAAAACAAACACCAAAAAAGAUGUCAAGGACCCUGAAGGAACUGGUCCAAUUGGAAUAAGAAAAAUGUUGCAAGUUUUGUUCAAGUAUCAGAAAGAUACAGGGAAGAAGAUUUAUAGUGUGGCAAUAGGAGGUAUAAACCAUUCUAAUGCCAAUAAGGUUUUAUAUCAGUGCAGUAUUCCUGGCUAUGGUCUUGAUGGUUUGGCAGUGGUAUCUUGCAUUAUGGCCAAUGAAGAUGCUGGCAAGGCUACUCGGGAAUUGGUGGAAAUUAUUCUAAGUAGACCUGAAUGGACCAAAAAUAUCACAGAAACCAGAUCAAAAUGUCAACUUGAGGAUAAAUUGAAAUCUCUUCGUCAAAAUAAACCUUUGGUUCAUCAUAUAACAAAUAAUGUGGUAAAGAACUUCAGUGCCAACGUAACAUUAGCAAUAGGAGCCUCGCCAAUAAUGUCUGAGUUACCUGAGGAAUAUGAAGAGUUUGCGUCAACAAUUCCAAACUUGUCAUUGGUGCUCAAUUUAGGUACUCCUUCCUCCAACUUGAUGGAGGUAUUUAAACAUGCUAUAAAGGUCUAUAACAAACAUGGUAAGCAUAUUUUAUUUGAUCCUGUUGCGUGUGGUGCUUCGAAAGCUAGGUUGGAAUGUUCAAGAAUUCUUUUGAACACUGGUCAAGUGUCUGUUAUAAAAGGCAAUGUUGGUGAAAUUUCUUCGAUUUGGAAAUUAACCAGUACAUAUGAGGAAUCUACGGGAAAUCAAGCUUCAUUAAUGCAAGGUGUUGAUUCGAUUGCUGAUUUGUCAGAAGAUCAAAUUAUUGAAAUAGGUAGAGAAGUUUCAAUUGAUUUCAAAACGGUUGUUGUUAUUACUGGCGUCAACAAUUAUGUUAUUGAUGGUUAUACGUUUGAGAAGAUCAAAGGUGGCCACCAGUUGAUGAGCUAUAUAACUGGAACCGGUUGUUCACUUGGUAGUACUAUUGGUGCAUUUCUAGCUUCAGCAGCUGAUGGAAACUUUAAAUCGACUUUUAAUGUUUUUGAUGCGGUUGUGGGGGCAGUUGAACUUUACAAUUUAGCUGGUAAUAAUGCUGGUAAAGUUUCUUCAAGUCCAGGUACAUUUAUGACAAAUUUUAUAGAUCAAUUAUAUUCCAUGUCAGUUGCUCAAUAGUUCAAAGUUAAGAAAUACUAAUAACUAAAUUUAUAAAAGCAAUUCGUAUCUCA